AUUCACAUUGACAUACCGAGAACUAAUCCUCUUAUUCCUCUCUUUCAACAAGCUUCUGUUCAAGAGAUCAUCUGGGAUGAGUUUCAUAAUAAUAUAUAUAUUAAAAAACACAUCUAAAGGCUGGUUCACUCCCCAAGGCACAUCUCAUACGCUCACUCGUGUGCAGCAAUUAAACCAAGACAAGCUGUCUUUUUAGCCUGGACAUUUAAAGAGAAGCUCAUUGCUGAUCUUCUCAUUUGGUCCUCCCACUGCUGCAUAUGUCUCGCUCUCUAAAGUAUUGUGGGGAUAACAAGAGUGCCAAAAAACAAGACGGUUUCCUCAUUUCUCCACAAUUUACGGAAUUUUUGGAAGAAAUUAAGACUUUAUUAGUAUUACUAGUAUACUAAUAAAGUUUCAUAAAUUGAUAUCUUUUGGUCAUGCAGUGGUUGAUGAGAGCAGUGUUUGACAAAGGUCAAGGGUCGGCUAUGAAACCAGAGUGGCAAAAUUCCACUUCUCUGUUUAGAAAAAUCCACUUAAUUUAUGUAUUUUUUGGCCAAUAAGUCAUUAAUUUAUAAAAUGUAGCUUAUAAAUUAUUAAAUUAUAACAUAGCAGUAUUAUGAUAAUUUUUAAAUUAUUUAUAAUUGUUAUUUAUAAUUUAUAAUUUUUUUAUAUAUAUAGCAAAUUUAAUUUAUUUUUGAUGAUAGCACAUGCACAUUCUUUUCAAAAUAAAAUACUUCCUUUGUCAAAUACAGUAUGAUCUUCCUGCUUCGGCAGAUUUACGUUGAUUAAAAAUAAAAGAAGAUCCAACGUGGCAUUUCCUAUUGUUAUGUCUUUUUGUAAUCUGGCAUGGUAAAAAUUUAAACAUAAAAGUAAAAAGCUAAAUUUAAGGAUUAGUUAAAUACACCUGUAUGAAUGUUGACUGGUGUGGCCACAUCUUCUGGUUGUAGUUUGUGUAGUCAUCCCAACCUAUAAAACGUAGGCCAAUUUUUCCUAAAAGAAACCAAAUAUACCAAAUUUGUUACACUGAUGUCAUAAUGGGUUUUAUGGGUUAGGGUACGUCAUUGUAAUAGAACGUACAAUCGUCGUAAUGUAAGUUGCAAACACUUGUGAUUUAUGGGGGCUGUUGUGUUUCAGUGCCCUUACGUCUCACUCUCGUUGUUAGUAAGGUGAGACGCACAGGGUGUACAGUCUAUAUGUACAAACUACGCUCUGAUUGACUAAUUUAAUUAUGUCAGGCUUUUCAUGUAAAUGGCACUAAUGGGCUCCUUGAGCAGUGCUUCUCACCUACUUCACCCUUAUGGACCCUUACGUGUCGUAUAAGUGUUUGCUAUGACCUUUCGACCUGCAGCAUACCCUUAGAAAAAAUGUACAUGAGCAUUUUUGCUCUACACCGAGCGAUCUCUGACUUUAAAAUUUUGUGCGUACAUGUGUGCCCAUUUUUUUCCCCCACAAACAGCAUGUAUUUUCCUGUAAGUGCAGUUGUGACUAAGAAAUAACAAACCAUUAGGUAUUCAAGCUGUUCAAAUUGUCUCCAAAGCCGCAUGUGGAUCUAGAACCUCAGGGUGCAGACUCCUGACCUAGCUGUUGUAUCAGAAAUUUACCUCUGUAUAUGACAAAAAAAAAAAAAAAAAAGUGACGCCAGCUGUUGUCUCUUGUGCACCUUAUUGCACUAAAGACAACAAGCUGUCUUGCCGUUCGUGGAGUAUGAAUCAGCCUUUACUGUCAUGCAUGGGAUGAGAUCCGCCUAAACUUUCUACCUGCCUGACUUCCACUCUCAUAUCUCUUUGUCCUGCCUUUUUUGUGCUUUUGAAUAAACCAAAUCUUGUUACAGCUGGCUGCUCUGUUGUUGGGGAUGCAACGAGUAAUUAUCUUAAAAGCUUCUUUUUUGUCCUUAAAUACAAUUAUAAUAUCAGAAGCAGUGCGUGCAUGUUAUGAAAAAAAAAGCAUUUGGGCAUGCACAUAUAAAUAUUUAUCUAUGAAGUCAGUUCUAAGUUUACUUACCGUGAUUCGUAAAUGUGGCCAUUUAUUAAAAGAAGGCGCAGGGUCAAAAAGUGGCUUCCCAAUUCAGCUCGAUACUGAGAACACAGUCUGCUUCCAUCUACUUGUGCUGGGUUGAGCCUUUUCUGUAUUAAAAUUAUUGUCCAAAUUCCUUGUCUUCUCACUAUAUAGUGGGUUCAUCAUUUUCUAGUGCUGUCUGAAUCUACCUUUCCAAAAUCGAGGGCACUAGGAAUUUCCCAUAACUCUUUGCGGAAAACGAGCGUGCAUCAACGCUCACUACAUUAGAGAAUAUAAACCACAUUAUUGUGGUCGAACAAUUUUUGUGAAAAAAACGUGUUUAAAUGUAAUUUUCAUCACUAGAACACAGUGGAGUCACAAAUAGACAUCGUGAAAUGUUCGUGAGGGAUACAGAGCCCUCCAUUGUGAGGGUUUCCCCUUUAGAAAAAUAUUUUGAACACCCUACCCCUCCAAAUGCCCCUACAAUUGGAGGGGUGGGGAAGUCGUAUUCAGCCUUAGUGUGAGCCAAUACUGUAAGUGUUUAAAACACAUUAUUUGGCCCCACAACGCUCCCUUUAAUGUCUCUGUUCCUCAUGUGAUUGACAUUUUUGGCACUUCUGCUUUAGCCCUCAUUUUUGAUGAAUUUAGUCGCUGUUUGAAAUCUUUUGAAAGGCGGUUCACUCUGGAGUUCACUUAGCAAACAACAUCAGUUAAGGAUUUUCCCUCUUGACUUUUUCAUGUAACAAUGCCCCCUUGUCACAUGAGAUUAGCUCUAUCUUUUUCUUUUACUUUUACACUAAUGGACGCGGAUGACCUGGGAGACACAGGAAAGCUGAUUUCCUGCUCCAAAUAUUUCCCACAUUGUUCAGAAAUCCUCAGGUUAAUAGAGAUUUAUCGAAUCUGACGUUUGAUGUCUCUGCAUCCUUUUUAAUAUUUUUCUUUUUCUUCCUUUGUAAAUGCCGCUACACGCAGAGAAAAUAGGACGAGGCUUUCUUUUUUCUCCUCGCAGUUAAAAAAGAUUGUAGCUCCCCAGCUCUGUGUGUAGUUGCCGUAUGCAUGUCAGCUUUUGAGGUUACAUGAAAAGAAAGAGCCAUUACCUGUACACCUUUGCCAGCACCUCCCCGGGUUUGAUGGAUGCAGCUUUGAUAAGGAAAGAGGAGGUGAAGGCUGUGCAGGAGAAGGAGAGAGAUAUCUCAACAACCUCUCCUUCUGACUGACAUUACCACCGACAUGUUAUAUUCCAUAAAACAAUGAGCUAUGAGGUUAUUUAAAAAGUGACAGAAGCAUGACUUAUCCCCAAAAAACAAGGCGGGCUUUGAUGGGUGUAUUUUUUUUCUUCUUCUGUACACCAGAAAAACAAGCUUGCACAUCAAGCCUCGUUUAAUUCACCAGAGCUGACGCCAUUAAACAGCCACCUAUAACAAAGAUGGAAGUGUUUGCCCUGCAAAAAAAAUGAGAAGUUGAGAACAACAUGGAGACUCUCAGUGGUGAGGAGUGAAGGAUGAAGAAAAAAAGUAUCAGUAGCCACUAAAAAGUUUAUAGUACAGUGUGUUCUGCAAUACAGGGUGCAUGGAUUAUAAGGCACAAAUCAAUGAGUGGUUUAUUUUUACCUAUAAGUUCUUUUAGGUAAGAAAAAAAUGUAACUUUAUUAACUGUACUCACAAGAACGCUCAAACGCGCUAUACAUUAGCUAUGUUUGAAUUUUUAGCGGGAUUAGCGUUUUUGCAAUACCCGUAACUCCCAACCUUGUUUGCAACACGUAAAAUAAACAUUAAACAAACAUAAUUUUUUUUUUUUUUCUUAAAUUUUGAUGAAACAUCACCUUGUUUAAAACUAUAAAUAUCAUUUACUGACCAGCAGACAGAUCAUGAAAAAAUGUGUCCAGUAUUGUAGAAUAAAACCAAAGAUCUGAUUGCAAUUGAAGAUUCAUGUAAAUUUGACAAACUGAACACAUUCUGUGCAGGAGACAUGACAUGGAGGAGACUGAUUGACAAGAUCAACAACCAAUCAAGAUGCAGAACACAAUGCACUAUAAAUACAUUCAUGCAAAUGACACUGAAAAAAAAUCAGUGAAAUUGCAAAAGGUGAACCGCAAAAACUGAAUUUGGAAUGAAGUACUUUUCUACAUAUAUUACAGCCAUCUUUAUUUUAGUGUUUAAUACAGCACCAAUACAAAGAAAGAAGGAAAAAUAAGGAUCCAGGCGAUGCUCUGCUCAUACAAAUAUAAGUAAAACUAGUGUUUUUUGACACAUCUGACUCUUAACAAAACACUUUCUGUUCACUCUCUAAAUGGAGAGAUACCAGGCUCCUUGACAGCUCGUGUCAAGCUAUUGCCGUCUAAUCGCUCCGCUCAAAGAGCUCCAGUUCCAGCAGAGUAACAAUUUUUCUCUUA